AUGCCUGCUCCGACAGCCCUGCAGCGGGCCCCAGAGGCGCUCGCAGACACUGAAGCCCAGAAUAUCCCUCUAUCAAUUUGGCCUGAUAAGAAUCUUGAUGUCGAUAUUGUCACCGCGCCGCAAGACGCAACACUUCCAAAUAUGACCGAAAUUUCGGAAGAGACAGACAUGCAAAUAGACGAAGAAGGCAGACCUCGAUUCGCACCGGCAUCUUCACCUCUUGGCUCGCCAAACUCUGUUCGAAUACAGUCUCGGAAAGUCCCUAUUCCUCCACACCGCAUGUCGCCGUUAAAAAUGAACUGGACAAAGAUUUACCCUCCCCUUGUCGAACACCUGAAACUACAAGUACGAAUGAAUAUCAAAUCCAAAGCCGUUGAACUUCGGACCUCGAAAUUCACGACGGACGCGGGUGCAUUGCAAAAGGGCGAAGAUUUUGUCAAGGCGUUUACGCUCGGCUUCGACGUGGAUGAUGCCAUUGCAUUAUUACGACUGGAUGAUCUCUACAUCGAAACGUUCGAAAUCAAGGACGUCAAAACACUCCAGGGCGAGCAUCUGAGCCGUGCGAUUGGUCGGAUAGCGGGGAAGGAUGGGAAGACAAAAUUUGCGAUUGAAAAUACUAGUAAGACGAGAGUGGUGUUGGCGGACAGCAAGAUCCACAUUCUGGGAGGAUUCCAAAACAUUAGGAUAGCACGAGAGGCCGUGGUCAGUUUGAUCCUUGGUGCUCCCCCCGGUAAAGUAUAUGGCAAUUUGAGAACAGUCGCCAGCCGGAUGAAGGAGAGAUUCUGA